AUGCCUAAAAAAGAUCAAGUUGAUCCAUUCAAAUCGUUUAUUGCAGGAGGUACAGCAGGUGCUGUUGAAGGGGUAAUAACCUACCCUUUUGAGUUUGCCAAGACUCGAUUACAACUCAUUGACAAGUCCGCCAAAGCAACCUCAAGGAACCCUUUGAAGUUAAUUUACACCAUUGCUAAAACACAAGGGAUUGGUGCAUUAUAUGUUGGAUGUCCUGCUUUUGUAGUUGGAAACACGGCAAAGGCAUCCGUACGAUUCUUGGGAUUCGAUUAUAUUAAAAACUUGUUGGUUGAUAAACAAGGGAAACUAUCUGGUCCAAGGGGAGUUAUUGCCGGUUUAGGAGCAGGUUUAUUGGAGAGUGUGGUUGCCGUGACUCCGUUUGAAGCAAUCAAAACUGGAUUAAUCGAUGAUAAACAACGUCCGCAACCGAAAUACCAACUGGGGUUGGUUAGUGGGACCAUAAAGCUCAUCAAGGAUAUGGGAUUCAGGGGCAUCUAUUCGGGAGUUGUGCCAGUAAGUUUACGUCAAGCAGCCAAUCAAGCAGUAAGGUUGGGGUCGUAUAAUGCCAUCAAAACCAUGAUCCAACAAGCUACUGGAACCAAACCAAAUCAGCCAUUGAGUUCAGCUGCUACUUUUGCAGUGGGCGCUUUUGCCGGUAUAAUCACCGUGUACACAACCAUGCCUAUAGAUACAGUCAAGACGAGAAUGCAAGCUUUGGGGUCGGAUAAAUUAUACAAGUCGACGUUGGAUUGCUUUGUCAAGAUUUUCAAACAAGAAGGGUUGUUGACUUUUUGGAAGGGGGCUACGCCAAGAUUGGGGAGGUUGGUUUUAAGUGGAGGUAUUGUGUUUACUAUUUAUGAAAAGAUGUUGGUCAUUUUGCAUUGA